AUAACUGAGAGCAAACAAACGUGCCCUUAAAACGUCACGUUUGAAACACCAAAAGGGUCACGUGUGUUUCAAUAAAAGAAUGUUUCACAGGCAUUACUUCUUAAUCUCUGUUUGGUUUGUCUAAAUAACGGCAUAAAACAAACAAACCGGUUGACAGGAAAAAGGCUUUCAUCGCCAGAAAUACUAUUGCCAAUUGGGGAAAAGGGGUGGACAAAGAAAAAAACACAAAACUCUUAUUUCGGUGUCAAUUCACACCCUCCUCGACCUCGGCUAGAUGGAAACAUUUUGGGAAAUUAGGGUUUUGGUUUCAGAUUGACGAUCCUGUAGAUUGUCAUCUGGGUUUUUACUGAAGAAUUCAGGAUUUGAUUUUGGUGAAUUAGGGAGGCUUAAGAUGUCUCUCAAUCAAAGUUAUUCUCGAAUUGACACUUUAGGGCUGAAAGCUAUGAUUGUCCAGAAGAUUGGGCUUCAGAGGGCUGAGAAAUACUUUGAUCAGCUCAGAAGAUUGUUUAGUUUUAAGAUGAGUAAAUGUGAGUUCAAUAAGUUCUGUAUUCGGACUAUUGGGAGGGAAAAUCUCCCUCUUCAUAACCAGCUCAUUCGAUCAAUUGUGAAGAACGCAUGCCUGUCUAAAAUUCCACCAACAAAAGGUAUUAGGAAAGUGGGGAGCACCCUUAAUGUUAAAAUUGCAAAUGGGUGUCAGAAGAAUAAUCUUCAAUCUCUCUAUGGGGAUGCCUUUACUCCUUCUCCUCGCAAGGGUAGGUCUCCAGUCAAUCGAGAGCGUAAGUUUCGAGAUCGCCCAAGUCCUUUGGGCCCGUUUGGAAAACCUCAAAGCGUUACAUGUGAAGAGUUGAUUUUCAAGGCACAAGAGCAGCAAAGUGCUACAGAAUUGCUUUCUCUUGGUAGCAGACCUCCAGUUGAAGUUGCAUCUGUAGAAGAUGGAGAAGAAGUUGAACAGGAUGCAGGAAGCCCUGGUGUACAGAGUAGAAGCCCAGUCACAGCUCCUUUUGGUAUAUCUAUCAAUCUGGGUGGAGCUCGUAAAGCUUUGUCUAACCUAUCAAUUGGUAACAAUUACCGGGCAGAGACCUGUCAAAACAGUGGUGAGCUACCUGAUACAAAAUCACUAAGAAGUCGUGUGAAGCAGAAGUUGGAGAUGGAAGGACUCGGUAUUUCUGUGGACUGUGCCAACCUGCUGAAUAAUGGGCUGGAUGCAUAUUUGAAAAGAUUACUUGAGCCACCUAUACGUUUAGCUGGAUCAAGGCGUGAAAAUGAACAUACGAAACAGCUAAAUAGUCGGUUUAUACGUGGUGCUAAUGGAACAGUAAUCCCCGGAAGACAGCAAAGUCAACUGGCUUCUACUUGUGUAUCCUUAUUAGAUUUUCGUGCAGCAAUGGAGUUAAAUCCCAAAUUAAUUGGAGAAGAUUGGGCCUUACAGCUUGAGAAGAUUGGCUUGCGUGCUUCUGGAGAGUGAACAAAACCUUAUUUGCAUCUUCGCCAGGAAGUCAGCGGUUGUUCAGACCAUGAGACAUGAUGAUUCAGUAAUUUGAAUCAAUUCUUUAACCUUACAUGAGUUUUGGUCUCUGCCUGUUACAAUGUUACAUUUAUUACAAUAGGAAAUAAGUAGUGGGUUCUGUGGGAAGUUUUGUGUUAAGUUCAUUAGGUUGCAUCUAGAUAUAGAGUUGAUAUUUGUUAUGGAGGGUGCAUGUUUAUACAACCAUUUGUAACUCCUUGAUACAUUUAAUGAUCUUACUUUUUGAAGAGUUUAACACCA